AUGAAGGUUAGCCUGCAGAGUUUAAUAGGUGGUUAUAGUUCUGACUCCAGUAGCAGUAGUGAUUUUGAAACACAAAGGGCUCAAGAGAAAGGAGAACAGGAAGAGACCUUGUCAGUGAAGAGGCGGAAGUUGCAUGAAUUGAAAUCAUUGAAAGAGAAGAAAGAGAAUUACCAGAGAGCAACAAAUGAAGCUUCAAAAGCUACUAAGGCAAAUGAUGCUAGUGGAAUUAGGAACCCUAUAAGUAUAUCUUCUUUCCUACCGCCACCAAAAAACAAUAAUAAGAGACCAUUAAUAGAGAAUGAUGACGAUAAUAAUAGUGAGAAGAAGAAUUUAGGAGCGUCAUUGAGUUACAAAACAAGAACCCUUGGAGGUGCCAUCAAGAACCAAUUCAACGGUGUCAGUGUGCGAGAUAAAGAGACUGAGUAUUUCACCGACGAUGAACUAGAUGAGAUGCCCGAGCUGGAAAUCAAAAGCUCAGUCAAUGUUACUUCUUUCUUACCUAACUCCUUAUUGCGUAAAAAGAAGAGCAAAAAGCAGUAUUCACCUCCAAUUACCACCAAAAGUGGCUCAAAAAGUAAUUUCAGUAUCGACUCGCAUAGUAUAUUCCCUUCAAAUCAUCCUUCAGUCAGCACGCCCAGAGAAAAAUCACUGUCUUUGAAUUAUGCAUCUCUCGAAUCCAUUCCUAAACCUCCAAUUCUUGAUCCAAUAACGUCUGCUCCAGGCAAUGAGCCAAUAUCAAAUGAGAACUCCAUGAAAUUGAAAAUUCCUGAAAAUUCCAAUGUGUUGGAAUUUAAUAUGGAUGAUUUCUACAAGGAAAAUAAUGAGCUCAUUUCCAAAGGUGCUGUUCCCACAGCAAUUAAAGAUGUUAAAACAUAUAAUGCUAACAGUAAGAACCAAUUGAGCUCUUUGAUUAAGUUCACAAAUGAUGAAGAUAAUUCCAUUGCAUUACAGGAAAAAUUCAAGAAAGAAAAGAAUAAUCAAAGGAAAAUCAGGGAAAAAUACGGUUGGUAA